CGGGUACCUCGCAUCGCGUCCCUCAAUCGCCGCCGACGCGACUACCUCCCUCCCUCCCUCCCCCCUCACCUCACUCCUCACGCUUCCUAGCACUCUCUCAACCCCACCACACCUCACACGAUGUCGUGGAAGAUCGGAAAGAAGUUCAAGGACUCUGGCCUCCUCUCCUCCAAGAGCCAUACGCCGUCGCCCGCGCCCGAGUCACGGUCAACCACACCCACCCCAGGCAACCCACAGCCCGAGCUUGCGCAGAAGCCUGUCGCGCGCAGUGGUAUCCUACGCAUCCGCGUCACAGCCGGCAAGGGGUUGAGCUUGCCCCAGGGUGUUCCCGUUCCCCAAUGCGUGCAGACAGCGCUUCAGCAGCACCCCACCUCCGCCCUCUCCCAGUCCCUCUCAUCCUCUCCUCGCAUCUCCAACCAGCGGCAAACGGCAAACCCACGCGACUCGCUGCAGCGCAAGCAGUUGUGGUGGCUGCCAUAUGUCGUUCUCGAGUUUGACAAGAACGAGGUUCUCGUCGACGCCCUGGGGGGAGACUUGGCCAACCCCGUGUGGAUGUACUCGACCCAAUUCGAUGUCUCGCGUUCAUCCGAGAUCGGUAUCAGCGCCUACCUCCGCUCCGCGCCGCCCAAGCACGGUGAUGUGGCCGACAUGAGCUCAAGUGAUCUGAACCUUGGCUCGAUUCGCUUCACCCCAGACCUCGUGACCAACCGCCUCAACGACGAGUGGAUUCCACUCACCAGCGGCUCAGGUGCCAUCCACGUUCAGGUCUCGUUCAAGCCGACCGUGGGGCAGCCUCUCACAAUUGACUCGUUUGAAUUGCUCAAGGUCAUCGGCAAGGGCUCGUUUGGCAAGGUGAUGCAGGUGCGCAAGCGCGACACACUGCGUAUCUACGCUCUCAAGACAAUCCGCAAGGCGCACAUUGUCAGCCGUUCCGAGGUUACUCACACGUUGGCUGAGCGUACCGUGCUGGCGCAGGUCAACUCGCCAUUCAUUGUGCCUCUCAAGUUUUCGUUCCAGAGCAAGGAAAAGCUCUACCUGGUGCUCGCCUUUGUCAAUGGCGGCGAGCUGUUCCACCAUCUGCAGCGUGAGGGCAAGUUCAACGAAACACGAUCACGCUUCUAUGCGGCGGAACUCCUACUUGCCCUGGAGCACUUGCACGGCUUCAAUGUGGUGUACCGCGACCUCAAACCCGAGAAUAUUCUGCUCGACUACACUGGCCACAUUGCGCUCUGUGACUUCGGCCUUUGCAAGCUCAACAUGAGCGCAAGCGAGACAACAAACACGUUCUGCGGCACCCCCGAGUAUCUUGCACCCGAGUUGCUCUCGGGCCACGGAUACACCAAGUGUGUUGACUGGUGGACGCUGGGUGUGCUUCUGUACGAGAUGCUCACUGGCCUCCCGCCCUUUUACGACGAAAACACAAACGAGAUGUACCGCAAGAUCUUGAGCGACCCCCUGCGCUUCCCCGACGAGGUUGGGCCCGAGGCACGCUCGCUUCUCACUCGCUUGCUCGACCGCGACCCUUCGCGGCGACUCGGUGUCAACGGCGCCCAGGAGAUCAAGGACCACCCCUUUUUCUCGCGCCACAUCGACUUCAAGAAGCUGCUGCAGAAAAAGAUCCCGCCGCCGUUCAAGCCUGCUGUCGCCAGCGCCAUCGACACGUCCAACUUUGACGAGGAGUUUACCUCGGAGGUGCCACAGGACUCUGUCGUUGCCGACUCGCACCUCUCGCAGACGGUGCAGCAGCAGUUUGAGGGCUUUUCGUGGAGCGUGUCGCCGCUCGGCGAGUCGGUAGGGCGAUACUAGGCGAGUGCGCGUUGCAGCGUUUGCUGGCACUCGCGCUGGUAUGGUCACAAGGAGAUCACACUGAGUACGGUCGCGCGUCGCAUGUAAGAGAGAUAGAGUAGAUUGGUGUGGCGAAACCACGCAAUAGCUCAUGGAUACCCAUCGCGCAUGUAAACCUCGACGGCAUGGUCUAUACGAGCUGCUGCUGAACAUGCAUCGUCUAUCUCGCUCUA